AUGGCUCAGGUCAUUGAGUUGGUCGGAGAGUCCAACCCCCUCACGCCGCAAAAUGUCCUCCAUACCCUGAUCCAGGCUGCUAGCUCCGUGCCGCAGCAAAUUCAAACUGCAACCCAGCAGCUUCAGAACUGGGAGAAGCAGGAAAAGUACUAUACAUUUGUUCAGGAUGUCUUUUUAGACCAUUCGGUUCCCCUUAACGUUCGGACCCUCGCGAUUAUCCAAAUAAAGAACGGAAUUGAUAGAUUCUGGCGGAAGACAGCCCCAAAUGCAAUCAAGAAACCGGAGAAGGACUAUAUCAAAACGAGGGCUCUACAGGCUGGUGUUGUUGAGCCGGCCCCUCAACUGGCUACCCAAAAUGCUUUGGCGCUUGCGAAAAUCAUGCGCUACGAAUAUCCCGUCGAAUGGCCGGAUGCAAUCUCCUCAGUCAUCGCCCUUCUUCGCUCAUCUACACAGCCCGGCGCGAACCCCCUGCAAUUACCGCGAACCCUUAACAUCCUUCUGCAGAUUAUCAAGGAGCUAUCGAAAGCGCGAAUGCUUCGGACUCGCGAGAGUCUCCAGUCUAUAUCCCCGGAGAUACUUCAUGUCCUCGGAAGCAUAUACGUGAACAAAAUGAACACAUGGGCCGCUCUAGUAGAACAGGGCAAUUACGGUGCCGCGGAGCUGCCAGCAACAAUUGAGCAAAGCCUUAUUUCCCUCAAGGUUCUCCGACGCCUAGUUAUUGCUGGUUUUGAGCACCCCAACAGGACCAACGACGUUCGCGAGUUUUGGCUUUUGACCCACACCCAGUUUAGUCGGUUAUUCAUGCUUAUAAGUGGCUCUACACCAAUCCCUCAGGAGGUGCAAACGUUUGUUGGCAAGCACCUGUUGCAGCUGUCGAAGCUGCAUGUAGAGAUGGCUAGAGACCGUGCAGCCUCCUUCGCGCUACUUCCGGAUUCCAUACCAUUAGUUCAAUCAUAUUGGACGUUAAUGGUCAAACUCGGUGAAACCUGUAGCGAGCUUGGCGCCGACUCAGAUUCGGAAGGCGAGACCUUUAUGGAAAAGGCAGGGCUCAGAGCCCUUCUCCUCAUAAGGGCCUGCGUCAGGAUAGCGUUCUAUCCAGCCCAAACAUUCAAAUACCAAACCCCUCAGGACAAAGAAGAAAAGAAGCAAGCUGUUGAACUCGUCAAGUCACAAUUGUUCACGCAUGACUUUGUUGUCCAUGUGAUGGAGCUGCUUGUCACGCAAUUCUUCCGCCUCAAAAAGGGCGACUUCCAGAAAUGGGAGGAAGAGCCUGAGGAAUGGGAGCGGAAAGAAGAGGAAAUCGGGGAGGCCUGGGAAUUCUCGAUACGUGCUUGCUCAGAGAAGCUUUUCCUUGACCUGGUUACGCAUUUCAAAGACCUUUUGGUCCCCCGCCUGCUGAACGUCUUUUACUCUUUUGCAACCCCAGAUAAACGCGAUGUCCUCCUGAAGGACUCCCUUUACUCCGCCGUUGGCCUCGCUGCAGGCUGCCUAGAGAAAGAUCUUGAUUUUGGUGCUUUCCUCCAGUCAACGCUUGUCCCCGAAGUCCAGAUUCAGGAGCCCGGAUAUAAUGUCCUGAGGAGAAGGAUCGCCAUUUUGCUGGGCCAGUGGUUGCCCGUCAAGUCGGGCGACCUGAACCCUGACUUCGUCUACCAAAUCUUCCAGCAUCUAUUGAAUAGUCAGGACCCGUCAAAUGACCUGGUUGUCCGUAUCACUGCCGGAAGACAGCUUAAGCCGGUGCUUUCAGUCUUUGAAUUUACUCCCGAUGGCUUCAAGCCUUACGCGCUCUCCAUUUUCCAGAACUUGAUAUCUUUGAUGCAUGAAGUCGACACUUCCGAGACUCAGUUGGGCCUGCUAGAUACUUUACGGAUGGCUGUGACAAGGAUGGAGGAUCAUAUUGCUCCCUACUCCGAUCAGAUUCUAGCGUUGCUGCCACCUUUGUGGGAGCAAGCUGGAGAUGAGAACUUGAUGAAGCAGGCUAUUCUCACCCUACUGUCGUCGCUGAUUUAUUCGCUCAAAGAAGAAUCAACAAAGUACCAUUCCCUGAUUCUGCCACUGAUUCAGAGUUCAGUUGAACCCGGCUCGGAAAAUAUACUCUAUCUUCUGGACGAGGCGUUAGAUCUCUGGAGCGCCAUACUCUUGCAAACACCCGCUCCCGCAUCUCCUGAAAUCCUCUCCUUAAUACCCUCCUUGUUCCAUAUACUCGAGGCCGCAUAUGAUAGCGUCGGGAUGGCGUUGCAAAUUGUAGAAUCAUACAUUCUCUUAGCGCCCCAGGAAGUCCUCAGCGACCGCAAUCGUCUCCCUCUGCUCGCCUCCCUUCAAGUGCUUCUACAGGCUACUACCCGCCAGCGUGGAGCUGCUGUUCUCCGCCUGGUUGAACUGAUGAUCCGCGGCGCCGACGCCGUAGAUGGUGGCAGCGAAAGCACAUAUAGCGUCAUAAUCCGCUCCCUGUUGGACAGUUCCAUCCUCGCAGCUGUACUCGAAGGCCUCCACUCCGCCUACGAAGCAAGCCAGACUACAGGCCCUAACAAGAAACAGACACAUGUAUACGGUGGUGUCGAGACAGACUACUUCUCCGUCCUGGCCCGUCUUGCCCUCGCACACCCAAAGCUUUUCGCCUCCGGUAUUGCCGCCGCUGCCGGAGAAUCCUCCAUCUCCCGUAAUAACAACAAUGACCCACAAGAAGACCUCCUCACCUGGCUCCUAACUGAAUGGUUUGCCCACUAUGACAACAUCGGUACCGCAAAACAAAAGAAACUCCACGCCCUCGCUCUCACACAGCUCCUCACCCUGAACGGUCCCAACACCCAACCACCUACAUAUCUCCUCAGCCAUCUACAAUCCUACCUCAACGUCUGGACCGAUAUAAUCACCGAGUUAGCGGAGGGCACAACAGAAGGCGAUCCCAGCGACCCAAGUGGCGGCGACUACCUGAUCUAUUGGAACGAGGCUGGAACAGGGAAAUUCGACGAGACUGAACCUCCCGAGAACACACGCAAACGCGAGUGGGACUCUACGGACGUCGUUCACAAGCUGAACAUCCGGUCAUUCGUUCGCGAGCGGCUGCACUCGCUGAUUGUCGGCUGCGGUGGCGAGCAGCGAUUCCAGGAGGAUUGGCUGCUCAAUGUUGAUCGCGACGUGGUUGCCGCUUUUGCCGCUCUUAGAUUGAUCUGA